UAUCAAAUCAGAUGCUUCCUCAAGAGAUCAUUUCGAUCAUUGCUGAUAAUCUUUCAACAGAAGAUCGACUCAUUUGCACCUCUGUCUGCAAAUCAUGGAAGGAUCCUUUUCAGGAAUCUUUGUGGAAACACGUUGAAUUCAAAACCAGGGACAAAUUUGAUAUGUUUUAUGAUGAAGCGAGCCAGCAUGACAGUGUAUACCACCUGAAUGGUCAAUGGACAGAAGAACUGAGCAUCACAUGCGAGUCAUUUAUAAAAGACCAACGAUUUCAGACACUUUUAGAAGUAUUCCCGAACAUCAAAAGCCUCACAAUUUUUCCCGACACAAUGAUCAACACUUCAAAAACGGAGCCAGGACAGAUCUUUUGGAAAUCCUUGACCUUCCUCCGCAUUAUUCCACCCAUUCACUACUCUGAAUUUGAUAUCAAAACUUUUUCAAGAAUUCUAUCAUUUACACCUAAUGUCAAACGCUUGGAGAUGGUAGACGCUGUCUACGAUAUCCUAGAAUGUACCUGGAAGGAUAUUGAUGUUAUCCACGAUUGCUUACCACUGCUCGAACAUUUAGAAAUUGCCCCUUUUUUGGCGUUGUUUGAAAGCACAGAUACGCCUGAUUUUUCUGGGAUUAAGCCGACAAGAGUAACUUCUUUGACUAUACCCAAAUAUGAGCAGUGUAUCGUUUGGGUCAACUAUUUCGCUCACAAGUAUCCAAAUAUAAAUCCAAGAAAAUGCAGCUUUCUCAAGGACAUUACUGAAGACAGGGAGACAAAAAACAAUAUAGGGGGGAGUGAAAUGAAGAUUGGAUUGUGA